UUGGUGAGAUGCCGACUCACUGCUGCGUCCCCCAAUGCAGCCAAAGAGGACCAAAAGAUGAAGAAAAAAAUAAGGUUUCCUACUUCGGCUUUCCAAAGGACAAGGAGCUGUUCAAGAAGUGGAUUGUUGCUAUAAGGAGAGAUGAAGGGAAGCAUUUCAAGGUUUCCAAGUCGACAAAAGUGUGCUCCAAACACUUCAAGGACAAAGACUUCCUGCCUGGCUACGUGAAUGGCAGGAAGUUCCUAAAAGAAGGGAUUGUGCCCAGCACAUUCCGAUUCUCAGCUCCGAAAGUGCCGAGAAGAAAAGUUCAGAGGCGCAACACUCAACCAGUAAGCAACCCCAUCAACAUGAUUGCUGCUGCUGCAGACGAUGAAUGCGACAGCACAGCAGCUUUUGAGAACCAGCCUCCACCACAUCCAGGGGUAUGCGUGCUGGCUGCAGGACUUCAAGGGCAAGUCGCCGUACAAGCUGCGCGAGUGAGUCAGCUGACGUCUGAUCUCCAAGAAGCUCGAGAAGAGCUCGCUGAAGCCAGAAAUGAGGUCCAAAAAUUAACAAGGCACAUUGAACUUCUAGAAGAAUCGAAGAAGAAAAUGGAAGAGAAACUGAGCCGAAAAUUCUCAAUAGAAUGUUUCAAGGACAGCCCCGAUGAUGUGCUGUUUUACACGGGACUGCCAAACUAUGGUGCCUUCCUUUCCUUGCUAAAGUAUGUGAAUCCUGGAAGCAACGGUGAAAACAUCAAGGUGUGGUCAACCUCCUACUCCCGAGGUAGCAGCAAACAGGGGCGACCACGAAGCUUGCCCCCUCACGACGAGCUCUUCUUAGUGUUAGUCCGCCUUCGGCUUGGCCUUCUUGAGAAGGACUUGGCGUACCGAUUUGGGAUUUCAGUCUCCACGGUGUCAAGACUCUGCAUAACGUGGAUCAGUUACCUCUACCUGUACCUAUCACAACUUCCCCUGUGGGCAACACGGCAGGAGGUCGACGAGGACAUGCCACCUGCUUUUAAAGAAAAGUAUCCAACAACACGGGUUAUCCUCGAUGCAACCGAGAUCAAGUGCCAAGUGCCGAGCUCCCUUGUGCUUCAAUCCGCGAGCUUUUCGACAUACAAGUCGACGAACACCUUUAAGGGACUCGUAGGGAUAUCUCCAGAUGGAGCUGUGACAUUUGUGUCGCAACUCUUUCUGGGGUCAAUGUCGGACAAGGAAUGCGUACGGCAGAGCGGAUUUCUGGAGCGUUCCUUUGAUGAGAAUGACUCGGUCAUGGCCGAUAAAGGAUUUUUGAUUUCCGAGCUCCUGGCGAAGAUCAAUGUACAGCUCAAUAUCCCUCCAUUUCUUGGCCAGGGUACAUUCACGGAGACUCAAGUCAAAGAAACUGAGAGCAUUGCAUCACUUCGCAUACACGUGGAAAGGAGAAUACAGCGAAUCAAAAGCUUUCACAUUUUUGAUCGUGCCAUCCCCCUGUCACUCGGGCCAGUAGUGAAUGAAAUAUGGACCAUUUGCACGAUACUGACAAACUUUCAGAGCCCCCUGUUACGCCAGCAUGAGGAUGGUAGCACUGCUCUGGAUUAGCUGUAUUCGUUUUGCUUAAUUUCUG